AUGACUUCUAGCUCCCGAAAAUACGCUCUCGACUUUCUGUCGUAUGUAAAUGCAUCACCAACACCUUUCCAUGCUGUUGAAUCCUCAAAACAGCUUUUGAAAAAGGCUGGAUUUAUCGAAAUUAAGGAGCGUGAGCCUUGGGCUCAGUGUGUUGAGAAUGGUGGUCGUUACUUUGUGACUCGAAAUGGCUCUUCUAUAAUAGCUUUUGGGGUGGGGAAAAAGUGGAAACCAGGUAAUGGAAUGGCGUUGCUUGGAGCUCACACAGAUUCACCGGCUCUGCGUAUCAAGCCAGUCUCCAAGAAGUUUGCAGAGAACGGGUCUUUCUUGCAGGUAGGAGUUGAAACAUAUGGAGGUGGACUAUGGCAUACAUGGUUUGAUCGCGAUUUGUCCAUUGCUGGGCGCGCAAUGGUCCGCCAUUCAAAUGGUAACAUCGUCUCGAAGUUGAUCAAAAUCGAUCAGCCUAUCCUGCGGAUCCCUACCCUUGCUAUUCAUCUGGACCGCCAGGAGACCUUUACGUUCAACAAAGAGACGCAGUUGUUCCCAAUUGCUGGCCUUGCUGCUGCCGAGCUUAACAAGACGGCGGCCGACAAUUCUUCGGCCGAGAAAUCGGAAUCUGGAGGCGACUUCAAGCCCUUAGCAUUGAUGACAGACCGUCACCAUCCUAUGAUCAUCGAUCGUAUUGCAAAGGCGGCGGGUGUUAACGCAGAGGAUGUUCUUGAUUUUGAAAUGAUCCUUUAUGAUACCCAGGAGUCUGUUCUCGGCGGAAUCAAUGAUGAACUAAUCUUCUCUCAAAGGCUCGAUAACCUGACUAUGUCCUUUUGCGCAACUGUCGGUUUGAUCGAAUCCAUCGGAGAUGAGAAAGCUCUUGAUGAAGAAUCAGGCAUUAGAUUGAUUAGUUUGUUCGACCACGAAGAGAUCGGCUCACAAACGGCACAAGGCGCUGAUUCUAACUUCCUCCCUGCUAUCAUACGCCGUCUGUCGUCUGAUGCCGCGACGGCUUUCGAAGAGACAUUGAUCAAGUCAAUGCUCUGGUCAUGUGAUAUGGCGCAUUCUGUGCAUCCUAAUUACCCCGCGAAAUACGAAUCUUCCCACCGUCCAGAAAUGAACAAAGGCCCUGUCAUCAAAGUCAACGCUAAUGCGCGCUAUGCCACAAACUCACCGGGUAUCGUGUUGACAACAGAGGUGGCAAAGAUGGCAGGUGUACCGCUACAAUUGUUCGUAGUUAGGAAUGACAGCUCUUGCGGAUCAACCAUUGGCCCAAUGUUGAGUGCUGCACUUGGUGCAAGAACUGUGGACAUGGGUAAUUGCCAGUUGAGCAUGCACUCUAUCCGUGAAACCGGAGGAGCUCACGAUGUUGAACAUGCUGUCAAGCUGUUCAAAACUUACUUCAAUAACUUCUCUCAACUGGAGCCGAAGAUCCUGGUUGAUUCUACCACAUAA